AUGUGGCUGCAACAACAGCUCGGAAGCAGCAAGCGGCCAAAACCCAAGCUCACGACACUUCAAGGAGAAAAACCCCACCGCGGAUAUGACAACGAUAAUUUCGUCGUCAACCUGUCCUCCAGACAACUCUCCCCUACCGAGCAUACCGUGCUGGCCAAGGGACACAACUUCAACGUGAACACGGCGCAUCCGUCACUACCAAGGAUCAUUGCGGCUACGGAGGAAGGCAUAAGACGACUCGACAACGGCAUUCGAGAAAAUGUCCGUCUCAAGGCCAUCGGUGUACUAUCAAAAAUAGGAAAGCGCCGUGAGCACAACAUGUCGAGGGAGGAGAAUAAUGCGAUCCGUUCACUCCGGAAUGACGAGAACAUUGUCAUCCUCCCAGCCGACAAGGGCAACGCAAUGGUCGUGCUCGAUAGGGAGGCGUACAGCGACAAAGUGCGUGAUCUCCUUCACAGCCCGGCCUAUGAAACGCUGGCGAAAGACCCCACACCAAGAGUCCAAAGGGAACUGAACAAGCUCCUGGCGGAUAUCUUUAAGAGGCACCCGGAGAUCUAG